GCCUCUGGGACUAAUAGGAUCGAUGGGUCUUAAAGGAGAUAAGGGGUCCAGAGGAGCGGUGGGACAGGAGGGAGUCGCUGGUCUCGAUGGGCCCUAUUGGACUUACAGGACCCAGGGGACCCGCUGACGAAAAAGGCCUUCCUGGUGACAAGGGAAAAGCUGGACCUGCAGGCCCAAAUGGACUAAAGGGAGAUGAGGGUGAAAGAGGAAGCCAGGGGCCACAAGGACCAAAGGGGCUGAUGGGGAAGCAGGGAUACAGGGGUCCUCCUGGAGACAGAGGACAAGAAGGACUUCCAGGCUCAAAGGGAGAGCCGGGCCCCGGAGGUUCAUCGGGAAUGCCUGGACAGUUUGGACCAGGAGGCGACACCGGACCAGCAGGAGCCAAAGGGCAGAAGGGCCCCCGGGGACAAACUGGCCCUCCUGGUAGGAUCGGUCCCACUGGGCGAAUUGGGCCGUCGUUGUCUGGCUUCUCGGGCGUGAAAGGAGAUGAGGGAAAAGCAGGAAAGCCUGGACUGAAGGGCAAUCAUGGGGAGAAAGGCGUAACUGGUGCUCCAGGCAUUAAAGGAGAUAUGGGUGCAAGAGGCCAAAAAGGUGCAAAGGGGGAAACUGGGAAACCCGGUGCAAUGGGCACUGUAGGAAAACUGGGGUUAAAUGGGUCGCCAGGAGCUAAAGGUCGACGUGGACCUGCCGGUCUUCCUGGUUUUCCUGGAGCCAAAGGAUCUCAGGGGCCCAAGGGGGAAAACGGCCUGUCUGGAAGGAAGGGGACCAAAGGAGCUCCUGGGGAAACUGGAUCUGAGGGCCCAAAAGGGACGCUAGGACCUCCUGGGACACCUGGAAAACCAGGCUUGGAUGGCUUGGAUGGUUUGCUGGGGGUUGAUGGUAAUGAAGGGUAUCCAGGGGAUAUGGGUUUGAGAGGAGCUCCUGGAGCUCCAGGCAGCCUUGGCCAGACAGGGAAUCCUGGACCUCCAGGGAUUAGAGGGCGCCUUGGUGCCACUGGAGUUAAGGGUAAAGCUGGUCCAAAUGGAACAAAAGGACCCCCUGGACCAGUGGGGCCAAAGGGGAUUCCUGGGCUGAGAGGAGAAAAGGGUGAACCGGGCAGUGUUGGUGCAAAGGGUCUGUCGGGUGACAUUGGGAUACCAGGACCAGUUGGUCCACCAGGGCCAAAGGGAAGUCCUGGUUUGCAGGGACUUAAAGGUCAAACUGGUCCAAAAGGAAACCAAGGGCACACAGGUCCUCAUGGCCCACCAGGGCAGAGAGGUGCCCCUGGAUUAACUGGCCGUCUUGGAAAAGGGGGGGUCAAGGGGGUCCAAGGAAAGAGAGGUCCAAAAGGGGUCAAAGGCAAGCCUGGAGCUCCUGGACAGCCAGGAUCACCAGGCAGACUCAGACCUAAACAACGACGACCCGAGCCAAGACAGGAUCUACCAACUGAGCAAAAGCACAAAUCCAGACCGAGAACAAGGCACGGGCUAAAAACUUCCCACCAACCCCCUACUCUACUGAGAAGACAAGAUAGACAAAUAAAACAGAGCCGGUCAAUGUCGAGGAGGGGGUCUGAAGAUAAGGAAGCUGAGGAAUCCUCCAGCUUGACGUUGGGAACGAAAGACGAUCCCGGCACCACCUGCUAUGAACUGAAACUUAUUCAUCCACAUCUGGAAGAUGGAUAUUUUUACAUGGAUCCCAAUCAAGGCUGUGCAUGUGAUGCUGUUAAAGUCUUCUGUAACUUCACAGCAGGAGGAGCGACCUGCAUUGGUCCUCGGCAUUCACAGAUUAAAAUCAGUUGGAAACCAGAUAUAAUGAAAUCAAGAACACCAGCACAGUGGUUUACUCAACAAUAUAACGGACACAAAUUUGAGUAUACUACUGUGGACGUCGUACAGCUGAGGUUUCUGCGGUUCCACAGCCUCGCGUCUUUCCAGCACGUCACUCUCAGAUGUACAGGAAACCAGUCCAGUCCCAUUGCUGCAGCAGGUUUAGCUAGUUGGAUUGUAAACUUGCAGGGGGACUCUGGCAAAGUAAUCGAUUCGCGCCUCAUUGCUGUUUCCAGGAAAGCGUGUGAGGUGCACAUGGUGGUGAAGGUUCGAGGUAGCACAGAGUUGCACCGAGGGGACAUGGAGUUACUUCCUGUCAGAGAUCUGGGAAUAGAGCUGACCAGCACACCCAGCAGCAUCUCUGAGGUCUCCGUAGUUUUAGGACCCCUGUGCUUCCUGUGAGCUCUACAUUAUGUGUGGGAUCAUUUACUGUCUGUAAGUGUCAGUUGGGUAAUUUAGUUAGAUAUCGCUUGGUUUAAGCUGUUUAUGUAUAUUUUGUAUGUAUUUAUUAGGACAUAUCAUUAACUCUUAAUUGAUUUUGAUUUGUUCAAAUCAUUUGUACUAUCAAAAUGUUUAACUUUUGACCUUUAGUGUACAGUUAUAUUGUAUAUCUUCCCUUCCCUAUGGUCAUGUAUAUUUUGAAUAUGGCUCUAUAUUUUAUCUAAGUGCCCAUACUAUACAUUAGAUGCUUUGUUUACUACAUGGUUUAAGAUUAUACUUGGUAUAUAAAUGCAGUGCAAAUUGAAAAGGCAUCUACAAGCAAUGGUGCAGCACCAUGUACCUAUUCCUGUUGAUGAAGCAUUAUCCACUUUGAGAAUAAAGAUUGUCUAUUA